UGUAAUUAAGAUUAGAUGGGCCCAAUAAACCCCCUGCUUGAAACAGUAGAAAUCCAUAUCGAAUUGGGCUCUAUUCCAUAUCGAGUAAGAAGCUUUUGCACUUACAUGGUCCAAGCUGGACCGAAGCUUUCUUGUCCAGGGACCGAAAACUCAACCCCCCCUUCCCCCCAACGUUUUCGAUUUAUCUGUAGCCAGAGACGGUUCCGACCACCGCCGAAUACCCCUGCAACUCCUGUUCCAAGAAAGCUUCGGCCUUGGCUGGUUCAGGAGCUGUGCUUUCUUCUCGUGUUCACCUUUAAUUUGGGAAAACCUAAUAUCUGCAUUUUGUGUGGGAGUUCCUUUGCCAUGGGUGAUUUUUCAAUUCAGAUUAGCGGCAACCUCCUUAAUCAGCUUGCAGAUGACACUGAAAAGCCAAAGAAAACAAAAAAAAUUAAACCUAAUGUACCACGAGUGCCUAAGCCCCAAACUAAUGUAAAUCAGAAGGAGAUUACUGAUGAUUCCGAAACAUUCAAAGGGGCUGCUGCUACAGGAUGGCCACUGCAGCCUCCAUUAUUCCUACCAGUAAACCCUCCUGCACAAUCAGCCUACACAGAGUUGGAUGCAAUUCGAUCCAUCCUUCAGGAUAGUGAGAGGGUUAUUGGGAGGUUGCAGAAGCUGGAGGAUAGUUUGGCACAGGAAGUAACACAAAGAGCUAAGGAUCUUCGAGAUAAGGAGUUCAAGCUUCCAUAUCAGAAGCCUAUGCCCUGUUUGGCUGAGAACGAUGCUUGGUUGGCAUGCUACAAGGAGCAUCCCAAGGACUUACUGAAAUGUGCCCCUCUGGUUAGAAACUUUGAAAGCUGUAUUCGCAGAGCUAGGCAGCAAGUGAGUCCAGCAGAGUAGUGUUUCCCAGAGAAAAUGUUUGUGGUGACAUACAUGAGUGCAAGCUAAUAUCCAGUAUGAGUGACACCUAGAUUUUUUCGGAAGAAAUAAAUAAAACCCUCUUUGAUGUCUCAUUUGUUGGCAUGCUUGCUGUCUUUUUUAAGUGUUAUUCACAUUUAUUUUGUUGAAUAUUGCUCUUUUCGGCUCAAAAUGUGUUAAUUUUGUUAACUCUUACUCUCCACGUCUACCAAAGUGUUCAUAAAUGUAAUGUGAUAUGUUCACUGGAGUUUCA